AUGGAUGAAAAUCGGGACCGAGUUCAAGUAUCCUAUCGGAGGCAUCAACCGCGGAAAGCAUGCGAUAAUGAUCGUGACGCCAUUGAGCAAGAUGACGCUGCCGACUCAAUCCAAGGCCGUUUGGCACACGCAAGAAAUUGCCUUUCUCGUUUCUUUGGUGAAGGUAUAACUGCCCAGGAUUGGAAUCUCUUCGAUCUAGAAGACUCUUUUCGAGUCGCAUACACGGGCACCAAUGUCUCCAACCUCGCACAACUGGUCCGGCUUCAUCUGGAAUUGCGCAGCUUGCCAGCAAACUUCUUGUCUUUGUCUCUUGGUGAGAUGAGCACAUCUGUACCACAAAUGCAUGACUUUGGCUGGCAUGCCAACGGUGACACAAGUGUUGAGAUGACGAUGCCUGAAAUCGCCCGCCACUAUCUUUAUCCGCCCAUCAGGACAUUGCCUCAAUGGACUCCUGCACCCGAAUCUCUCCCCUUUUCGCGAGACGCUCUUGCCGAUGUGUCAAGCUUCCCUGCACAAGAAGUGCGAGAUGCCCUGGUAAAGGCAUACUUUGACAACGUCCAUCCUAGUUUUCCCAUCAUAUCACAAUCGGCCUUCAUGGACUGUACGCACCCUCUGGUUGCCAAAGAUCGCCAUGCCGUGAAGAGCGUACUAUUCCGCCGCGCGAGCAUGUUAUAUCACCUCCGUCACGCGACUGACCGUGCCCAACUAAUCCAAGCUGCUUUCUUGUUCACAUGGCAUGUCAGCGAUGGAGAUACGGUAGCCUCUGGACCGUGGUAUUGGUCAGGUGUAGCAGCGCGCGUUGGGUGCGGCUUGGGUGCACAUCGGAAGAGUUCCGUGCUGCCUAAUUGGGUAUCAUUUAUGUACAGACGUUGCUGGUGGGCAGCUUUCAUCUCCGAUGUAUUUUCAGCGCUCGAGACGGGCCGCCCAUGUACCGUCAGAGCUGAAGAUAUUGAUCAAGUGCUAAUGAGUGUAGAGGAAGUUACAAACCUUCACCUGCCAGGGGCUGUGUCAUCAGAUUUGGAUCCAAGACUUCAUUUCUUGAAUCGCAUGGUACAAUUAGCACUGAUUGGUGUUGAUGUUUUAUCAACCAAUGCCCCUGCGCGCACGGAGCCAGUCGACGUCAGCAAGAUCACUACCCGCCUUGCAGUUUGGGCCUUACAAGGAGGUCUUUCGACAGCAUCCACAGACCACGAUGAUUCGCUCUCAUGCCUGCUACGUAUACACUACAACCUCAUGCUAUUAUACUUCCACCGCGCUCUUUCUACCAAUACGAGCAGUCAAGAAAUAUGCGCGGUCUCUGCGCAUGGCAUCUUGAUAUCAUUUGAGAAGCUUGCGGCUAUGGGGUACAUCGCACAAUGUCCCUUUAUUGGCGUUGGAGCAGCCGCCGCUGUCGGUAUCCAGACGGUCAAUGACAUCCGUACGACCAUCGGAAAGGGUCAUCACUUGCUUGCGAUAGAGUCGAUCAAUCGCUUGAGUCGUUUGUUACGGCUGCUCCAAAGGCUGGCUGAAUACUGGCCAAAUGCGGAGAGCGUCCUGACCAUUUUUUCAAAGGCUGUACAAUGA